AUGGAUAUUUAUAGAUUAUCUAGCGACAUUAAGUACGUUAAUCAAAUUGGAGUUACCUUAAAUGUAGAAGAAAAGUUAAAACUUGAACUUUCUCUUUUGCAAAUUACUGAAACCGAAAAAUUUGAUAAUAUACUUUUCUGGGGUAAAAUUAAUGGAGUAAAAUUUGAUUAUUACAUUGCCGUUGGCUUGAACUUCAAAGGAAAGUUCGAAUUCCCAACCAAGAAAUUCUACUGGGCAAAGAGCGAUACAUUUGUUUUUGAUGAAUUACCAGAAAUCAAUUUAGAAUAUAGAGCUCAAGUUGAUUCAUUCCGUAAUUUAUUCACUGGUGAUCACAAAUUCGUUUUGAUUCCUCUUCCCGAAGACUAAUAAGCUGAAGAAUAAAACUAAGAACAAGCUGAAGGAGAAGAAAAGCCUGAAGAUUCAGAUGAAGAAGAAAAUAUUAAAGUUAAGCCAAAGGCUUUCACUGAAUUGGAUCGUUUAGCUUAUGUCGUUCGUGCUAUUGAAAAUGAUUGCGCCUUGGUCCCUGUAGGUGCCUUUAAAUUGACUCCUACUCAUGAAUUAAGAUAUAAUGAUUCUUUUAGAGGUGCUUCUCUUGACAGUGUCGCCAACAUUAACACUUAUUAACAUUUUAGAGCUCCUCAAUCUGAAGAAAAGAAGAAAUUCAUAGCUCGUGACGAUGCUCUUUUCCACUUCAACUUCCUUGACCCUAUUGAACACGAUUUACCUAAGGGUUGCUGGUCUGUUUAAAUUGAUUCCUCAAAAACUAGUGCUACUGUUCGUUCUCUUUUAUGGCCAGGAUUCGUUGGCUAUCAUAGAGCUAAUUCAUAAAUUUUUGGCUAUGCUUACAUUGGUAACGGUAUUAAGAACAGCGAUUUACCUUUCUUAUUGUGA